AUGGUGAUUCUAGUUGCCUCGCUGUAUGCCAUCUCUCAGCUACCUCGGCACAUCGCCACCUUGGCUACGCGCUACCUCUCCGAGGCAUUCUAUCGGCGCUGGGAACUAUACGUCUGGUUGGCAUGUCAGAUGCUCAGCUGGUCGGCUACAUGUUACAACCCGUUUGUCUAUGCCUGGAUGAACCGUGGCUUCCGUCGUGGUCUUUACGAUCUUCUCAUAGUUCGACCGCUUGCCGCCUGCACUUCAUGCACCCUCGGCACAAUUCUCUGUCAAUGCGGCUCCGUCUGUUGUUGCUGUUGCCAUGGCGCUACAGAGCGCAACAUUUCUGGCGGCGUGGAUGCAAGUUCUGGCCACCCGGUUGCCACGAUUGCUGCCACGCGUUCGUCAUCCUCCACUCCAUCCCCAUCCUCCACCUCUUCGUCGACCUCUUCACCGAUGCCGCCGCCCACGAGCAGCCUAUGCCCUCGUUGCUCUUCCCUCUCAGCUUCAACCAUAAACAGACCGGCGAAUACUAUUCGGCUGUGCUGUUUUUUUCGUUGUCCCACAGCCCGUACCAGAACAGAGACGUACAUGUUGCCAAAUGACCAUCCAGAAGUUGCAAACACCACCUCCUUGACUCGAAUGUGCCUUGGCUGCCGCGAGCAACCGCACGGUUGCCAAGGUUCCGAUGACAGCCACAAGAAGACACAUCACGAGCGCAUAAACCACAAUUCACACCAGCAAAACGACUAUCUACAUCAUCACCACUGUCAUCACAAUACCAGUGAUGAUGAUGACAACUGUACCGGUGACAACGGCAACCAUCCCCAAGGUGACCCUAGGCACCAAGACAAGUUGAACACUCCUCUUCUGGCCCCCGGACUGUAUCGUGAGUGUCUGCAGUUGGAACCCGAUUACCACCAACAGGGCAGUGCACAGUCCCCGUCUCCAUCAGACCCAUCUUCCUCCACAUGCCGCAUACAGCCGCAAGGAUGGCCAUCCCAAAGGGGUAGGAUCGCCCCUACAGACGGAGUCUUUCUGGAUACGUUGCGAGCCUGCAAUCAUAAAUACCCCUUUUCAGGCAAGAUUCCCGCCAAACUGUCUGCUAAGUCCAUCUCGCUGGGGCGUGUAGAUCCCAAAAGUUUGAACAAGUCUGCUCUCCGAAUGUCAUGUCCCAAGAUAUCGGACUCACCAUCAGAGUUCUGCCGAAUGAGGCUGCUGGUGAUGCCUUGUACCGUUCACAUUGAGCUCGGUGCUAGCCUUCAGGUUGCUGCCGGCGUUGCCAGCCAAACAUCGAAGUAUGCAGAGGCAAAACGAGCAGAUUUGAGACGAUACGAACGGUGCGCUUACGUCUCAGGUAGCUGA